AUGGUUGAUUGUCACAAUUUUGUUGCUGAAGUCUGCCAGCAUUUGGCCAAGGAGUCUGAUACCACUGAGGUUUCUGUUGGAUGCCAAACUUUUUCCAGAUUGUAUCGAUUAGCCUCUGAGCACGGAUGCCCAGCCCAUAUGGAUGUGACGUGUCACUUCCUCCCUGUGGCCGAGGCUGAUACCAGCGUGUACUCUCACAAAGUGGCAGUGGGAGGGGACAGCCCUUGGGCUAACCUGGCAGCAACUCUGUGCCAAAGGCUGGCAAGAAGUGAGGAGCGACAUCUGCUGUUCCCCUGCGCUCAGGUCCUCAUCCACCCAGCCUUGCAGAAGGCAGAUUUCAACCUGCCCUCAUACCAGCAAAAUCAUGCUGUGCCCAUAUUGUUUCGUGGCCGGAUGGCGUUCUGCUUCCUGCAGAACCUCAAUGGACACAUUUCUGUUAGCCAAGAUGUGUUGGAAAGCUAUCAUGUCCCCACUAAGCCCAGGCCACGGUAUGAAAGGUGGCUCUCCCCAUCCAACCUGCCUCCGGGUGGAGGUUAUUGUAAGCACCAAACCCCAGAAUAUAAUGGGGAGGUGUCCUACCUAUCAAAGCUGCUCUGGAACAUUGACUGAAUAAAUAAUGGGUCUA